AUGGCACUUUGGAACAAGAGCGGCUUCCCAGACAUCCUCCCUGACUUGCAAAGGUCAUCUUGUAGAGAAUCUUCUCAAGACUCCGCAAAAGCGAUGAUGAGAACAUAUCAAAGGCAGAACCGCCAUUCUCAAUUUCUGUCUCAUCUUCGUUCGAAUCUAGGAGGGCAGAGACGAAUCGGAAGCGAGAGGGCCAAUUGA